AUGAGUAAUUCCUCUCAUUUUGAUCCUCCUCGUGGGGUAUUCACUUUACCUACGCCUUGUGAAUUGACUAACCCAUUCUGGGAUGUAAUAAAAACUUCCAAACAUUUUAAUUUACAAAGAACCAAAGCUUCAAACAUAAACUCUAUUUAUAGAGGAGUUAUUGGUACCAUUCAAAAUGUAUUUGAUACAAAGCAACCACCUUUUCGAAUCGUUUUUAGAGCUGAACCAACUAGUACUUCUUUACAAAUUGCUGUCUCACAAACUGAAAAAGGGAUUAACGAUGCGUGGAAAUGGAUUGAAGAUAGUUUAUUUUUGGGAUUAACUAAACUUGAUGAUCCCGGCGAAAAAGAAAAUUAUGUAGUAACAAAAAUAAAUUCACUGGUUACUCGUCAAGAUAAAGGAACUGAUGAAGUUUCCGAGGAUGAAAGUGUUCGUGCUGCAUCCAGAGCUUUUCGACAGACCUUCGAUAUUGCUCCCACAGAAAGGCUGGUUAAUUUUUAUUCCUGUGCAUAUCGUAGUAUAAUUCAAGGAUGGAUGUACAUCAGCGAAAACUAUUUGUGCUUUUAUGCUUUUUGGUUAGGUCACGAAACAAAAAUAUUAAUAGAGUUAAAAGAUAUUCAAGAUUUAUUAAAAGAAAGAUCAAAACGUGGAAUAGUUGCAGAUUCCAUCAAAGUUAUCACAAAAGGUAGCCAAGAGACUUACGAUACUUUAAUGCAGCUAACAAGUCAAUCUAUGCAGAGAUUACUUAAAAAUGCUGCCAUAGAGCCAGCACCUGGAAAAUUUUUGUUUGAUUCCAAUUUUGAGCCCAAUUCUGAUAAAGAAAAAUCUGUGCCAAAAUGUAAUUCAAUUAUGCCCCGUUCCCCAAUGGUACCGCCAUUAAAGAAAGGACUUGAAGAACAGAAAAGGGAUAAAGAAUUUCAAAUGUAUUUUAAUCUACCCACAACUGAACAUCUUAUGGAAGAGUGUUCUUGCGAAUUUUCAACUCUAGAGAUGAAAGAAUUCUUAAACGGAAAACUUCAACUUUCUGAAGGUUAUCUCACCUUUGUAGCUGAUAAUGCAAAAAGUUGUAGCUUUAUUCUGCCAUUGUAUACUGUGAGGAGAGUUGAAAGGCUUAAUAGCAAAACACAUAUUUUUGCACUUUCAAUAUCGAAUUGGCAUCAAAUGAAAUUAACAUUACAAAUAAAUGGAAGCAAAAUAGCUUGUGAUAAGUUUUGUAAUAAACUUCGAGAUAAUCUAAAAGAACAGGUACGUCACAUGAAGCAUCUAAGGUCAUUUUUAAGUACGUGUAUUUCGGAAGCUUUACUUGUGGAUCCGAAAAAAGAAAUUUCAGUUGGUGGGUUAGGAUUAGUAUUUGGAUUUCCUGGUGAUUCUAAAAAAUUAAGGGAUAAGUAUAAGACAAAGCUUUGGAUCGAAUAUCUGCAGACACAUGGCAGGAAUUUGACUCUGAUCAAAAAUCCAUAUUUUUAUAAACUUGUUCGUGUUGGAUUACCGAACAAGCUACGUGGAGAAAUUUGGGAACUUUGUUCUGGAGCAAUGUUUUUGCGGUUUGUAAAUGAUGGGAUGUAUGAGAAUUUACAGAAAGAUUACGCUGGCAAAGUUUCGCUUUCAACUGAAGAGAUUGAAAAAGACUUGAACAGGUCUCUUCCCGAAUAUACCGCCUAUCAAACAAAAGAAGGAAUAAAUACUCUGAGAAGAGUAUUAACAGCUUAUUCCUGGAAAGAUCCUGAAUUAGGUUAUUGUCAGGCCAUGAAUAUUGUUACAUCUGCUAUUUUAAUUUACAUGAGUGAAGAACAAGCAUUUUGGAUAUUAAGUGUAUUAUGUGAUAGAAUGUUGCCAGGAUAUUAUAGCACAUCAAUGUAUGGUGCUAUUCUUGAUCAGUUAAUAUUUGAACAUUAUGUUCAAAAUAAAAUGCCCGUGCUUUAUGAGCAUUUUCAAAACGUUGACGUUCAACUGUCUGUCGCUUAUCUUCCUUGGCCCUCGAGUAUUAUUCCAGAUUGGGUUACGAUUCUUAAAAUAAAUGGAGAUGAACUUUUGACAAUUACUGAUGAUGGACAAUUCAUACAUGUAUUAAAAAAAUACUUUGGAGCAUUGGACCAGCCUGCUCAUCCAAAUAAUAAGAAUGAUAAGACCCGAGAAACUACUAAAUUUAAUGAGUUAAUGAUGGUGGCUUUUAAAGAAUUUUCAAGUAUCACAACUGAAAGUGUAACGGAACUUCGUAGAACACAUCAGCUUAAAGUCGUUCAUAAUAUCGAAAGUUAUACAAAGCGAGGACAAAUAAGAAAUUUGAAGGAUACUUCGAAAUUUUCAAAAAAUGAUAUCUCUAUUAUUUAUGACAAAUACUAUAAUGCACAGUUCUAUGGUAAACAAAAAAGUGUGCGAAAUGACUCUCGAAUGGAUUUGAAUACAUUUUAUCGGUUUUUAGGAAGUAUUGCUGGUUGGGCAAAAUUAGACGAUGAUAAUCUUACAAAAGAAAAUGGAUCACCGAGAGAUAAUCAAGGAAGAAGAUUAGUAGGAUAUGAAUUUAUUAAUAAGUUAUUUAUUCAUUUCGACCGAAGUCAAUCUGACGGACUUACUCUUCAAGAUGUUGUAUUAGGGCUUGGAGAAAUUGUUUUUGGAGAUCUCUUGUCACGAAUGGAAUUGUUUUUCAAUUUACAUGAUAGUGACAAGGAUGGGUAUCUAUUUAAGGAAGAGAUAUUACAAAUGUCGGAAAGUUUCCUAUUUAUAUUUAGAAAUCUACCAGAUGAUGGUCAUUUAGGUUCUGUUUCAAAUUUUAUAAAAAACGCUUUUGAGUAUACAGAAUCUAUGGGUGAAACUGAUGAUGUAGAAAAUUUAUUGACGGAAAAAGAAGAACAUAAUACGAGAAUGUCAUUACCAUCAUUUCGUAUGAUAAUAUUAGCAGAUGGUUAUCUUGAAGAAUUUUUUGAUUCGGGAUUUGCAACAACAUUCCAAUUUAUUGAGCCGACAGAAGAAAGAUCAAAAGGACUUGGAAGAGAAAUAUUUAAUGCACUAAUGACAGAUGGCAUGAAAUUAGCAGGGAAAUUUGGUAAAAGGCUUAACAAUGCAAGACCAAAAUCAUUUGGUUCACCAGAUCGUAGCAGCUCUUCAAAUUCUAUAUCAAAUAGAUACAAUUCGUUUGUUUCAGUUGAAUCACAAAAAUCUUUGUUAAAAGCACAAGGAAAUGAUUCUCCUAUUUCAUUUGGUUCCGAAGAAGAAGAUGGACUUAUGCAAGAAGUUGAUAGAUUAUUAAGUGAAUUUAGCAUUGAUGAAACCGGUCAUGAUAAUAGCAGUGCUUUGUCAAUUGAUAUACAAGAUAAUACAAAUAUACUUGAAGAAGAUGAUGUUGAUAAAUUACUUCAAGAUAUAUAA